CUUCAGUAUUGAGCAAACAGACGCAAAUGCCGUUACGAGCUCGCUGCCAUUGAAGCCGACUGAGUGCCGUUACAGGAAGCUGUGACGCUGAGACGCUGAGACGCCGAGAAGACUCUGAAGCUGAAAAAGAAUCAGCAGCAGCAGCAGCAACAACAGCAGCAGCAGCAGUGCGGGAGUAAGGAGAUUGGGAGAGAGUGAGAGAGGACACAGCAGCCAGCCAGCGGCCGGGACGAGUGAAAUUCGAGGCACGAAACGAAUGCGCACGACCGCCACCCGAACGCACACACACACACGCCCAGAUGGGCAUAUCCUACAGUUGAAAUACGAAACGCCUUGAGCAGAGACAGCAGCAGCAGCAGCAGGAGCACCAGCAGGAGCAGCAGCAGGAGCAGCAACAGCAACAGCAACAGCAGCAGCAGCAGCGCCAGCGACAGCGACAGCGAAGCGACCCAAAACGCGUCAGGAUUCCAAGCAAAAGGCAGACAAACGGGCGAAACCUGCUGAGACGACUCGACGAGUCCUUGCGUGUCGGUUCACAGUGCGGAACACUAGAAAAACAGACCAGAAAAAUAAGUAUAUUUAAAAAACACUCACAGCACAUCACAUAUGAAAAAGUUCCCCCCAUCAAUAACCGAAAAGCAUACGAAAUCCGAAAUUGUGAAAGCGAAACAAAAAGUAAAUGAUUUCAAACAAAUAUUCCCAAACCGAAGCCAAGCGAAGUGAAGUUAUCUUUCAAAUAAGUUCUGAAAAUCAUUUCUAAGUGAAUUUUAAUUAAUGGAAUCGAAGAAAUUAAACCGCUAACCGAUAACCAAAACCGAAAACAAAGUGCCGUACCGUACGACGACUGCCAUAAGAAAGAAUACAAAUAAAAAGUGCUAAAAGUUCCUUAAACCAAUAUAAUACAAAAAAUAUUGUUAUAACAAAAAAAUAUACAAAUUAUACACCAAAAAUAUUCUUUGCAUUUUAACAAACAAAUAAACGAAAAAGACCACAGUGCCGUGCAAGCUGAAUUUCUUGAGCAAAAGUAGUUGGAAAACUCAAGAAUAGGAAUAAGCAUAAGCCCAGGGAAAUAACACAUUCAAGAUACUAAUAUACACAGAGACUUAUCUUUUUUGGUGGUGGUGUGUAGCAAGCCUCCUUGUCAGCAAAACGGACAAGGGGAAGGACACGAGAAGUAGCUGUAGAGGCAGGUCUAGAACAGCAAUACCGUACCGACGCGUCGGACACGGACAGGCAGCAACUAGUUGUUAGACCCCGCACCCUCCAUCCCUAGGUGGGAGAGCGAGCACUGUCUUGCAGAGUUGUUGGGGCGUGCGGCCGUGUGUGUGUGUGUGUGUGUGUGUGUGCGAGUGUGUGUGUGUGGGGAAAGGCCAACAAGGUUCAAACCCUCAGCAACAACAGCCGCAUCUCAUCGGGAAACUCCAACCAGCUCCAGCUCCAGCUCAAACUCCAACGCAAACUCAAACUCCGGGACUGAAAGUAGACAAUUGAUUAUUGAUUUUGUCUAAGGCUGCGCUGUGUGGAACUUCACGGCCCCGAGGAAAGACAGCAGCAAAAAGCAACAGCAACAGCAACAGCAACAUCAGAGAAGGAGAGACGAGACAAGAAAAACUGCGAGAAGAAAGUGCAAGACAAAAACGCGUUGAAAAGCAGCCGAGGCGCGGGACGACAGCGCGAGAAACAGUGAAACUAACUGUGGCUUGCCUGUGUUGGGCAAUGCUAGCCGUAGGCCGUCACAGUGUUGGGCAGCGGCGCGCGGCAUAAAGACCUACAAGAGCUUCGAAAGUGUCAACCGAAUAGAGUAGUUGUAGUCGCCCCGCGACCAACAGAGAAAAAAGCAAGCCAGUACUCUGAAUUGCAGCCCUUUUCCCCCUUUCCAGCGUCUCUGCGACCCACCGUCUCACCUCUCUUGGUCGGAAUAUUUCGCACAAAUCUUCUCCCCCAAAUCACUGUCGGGACCUGAGGGACCACUAAACCGUCAAAAUAACUUGUAAAAUUGAAAAACUUCGCCAAAUCAACAAACGGAAAAUGUUCUUCUCGCUGGCUAAGACGUUCGUCUGCGUGCUACUCAUCCAGGGCGGCCUCUACGCGCUGCACCUGAGCGGCAAUGCCGAGAAGUCCCCUCCAUCCUCCACCGUCAUGAUGGGACCGGUGGACGGCACCUCAUCUUCCUCCUUUAUGGCCUGGAAGCCGCCGCCGGCUCAGCAGCAGCAGCAACACCAUCAACAACAUCCGGGAGUCGACCAGUCAGGCGGUGGACACGCCUCGCACCGAUCCGCUGCAGCGGCCGCCUACGAUGCCACUACGGUGCGGCUGAACAAGGAGAUCGCGGACAUGGCACAGCUGGAGCGGGAGCGGCUCAUGCUCCUCGCACGUGCAGGCAAGCAGACGGCGGAGAGCAACGGGCCGGCGGGUCAUGGCGGUCGCGGACACCAGUUCAUUGCCGGACGCAUUCAGAUGCAGCCCAGCGAGGAUCUGGAUGUGGGCGACUAUCCGGCGCUGGUGCAGCAGGCAGCCAGGGGCUUUAUAUUCGGCAGCGUGCAGAAGGAGCCGCCUACUCCGCUCGAGGACGACUACGUACAGCCCCGGGAGCUGGAUAGCCAUGCCGUCAAGUACUACGGGCGGGUGGUGGUGCCCGCGGAUCGCGAGGUGGAGGUGGAGCCACUCUACGAGCCUCUGCACUCCUUUGGGGACUUUGACGACUUCUCUGAGCUGGACCAGGAGCCGCACCUCGGCGAGGACGAGCUCCUGCGCGAGCUGGAUACCUAUCAGUACCACGGCAAGGAGGAGGAUUCGCCGCUGCCGGAGAACCCGUAUCGCACCUUGGAACAGCUCGAGCUGAGUGCGCCCGAGUCCAUGCAGCAGCUCUUAGAGCUGGAUCACCGCGACGGGCAUCCGGCCAAGAUGGCUGGUCACCCGGGCCCCUCCCAUCCCGGAAACUUCAACAUUCGCAUGCAGCAGAAGUGGGCCCGGAAACGGGGUGGAGCCGCCGUUGAAGUCGGGCCGGAUAGGCAGCCCUCGCUGCAGCGCAACAUCUUCGGGCAGCACUUCAAGCAGCAGCGUGGACUACUCUCGCUGGCCAACUCCGAGGCCACGGCCAGCAAGCAUCUCAAGGCGAGUACCCGUUCCGGCGGCCUCAGUCUCAAUGCUCCCAAGGAAAACGAAAAGUCAGCCCAAACAGCCGCAAGUGGACUAGCAGCAGCCGUCGGAGGCAGUGCCUCUGGUGCCGCCAGUCAGCAGCAGAACAAACAGCAGCACGAAUCCACAUCUGGAGAUGCUCAACAGCAGCAACAGCAGCAGCAGCAGCCGAAUACGCAGGACAAGAAGGAGUCCGAGCAACAGUUGCUGCAUCCCAACCACAAGCGUUCCGGCAGCGUGAACUCCGCCGGAGGGGCAGCGCACGGCGCCGGAUACGCAGCGCCAUCCAUCUCCUAUAGCGUAGCCAGUCAGUUGAUGCUGCGCACGGCCCGCGGCCAGCGGCAGUACGAUGUGCCACAAAUCGAGUGUCCCACCGCCAUGGAUGGCAUGGAGCGAUUCGCCUGCCCUGUACCCGACCGGCAGGGACGGUACCGCUGCAUAGACGAUCAUGUGCUGUGCGACGGCUUCAUCGAUUGCCCCGACGGCGAGGAUGAGGACCGAAGAUCCUGCAUGUUCUACAAGACGACGAAGGCUCAUUUGGACGUGUUAGCGGAUGCAUUACUGCGAUGGGCGCGAGGGCGUUAGGCUCCAUCCCCUGCCUCCACCCUCCCCUUCCCGCUCACGCAAACACUUCUUAGAGACACAGAUACACAAACUGGAUACAAAAUACACCUAGAAAUCCGACGUUAAUCAUAAAUGACUUACAACUAGUUUUAAACAUUUCCAAAUCGAUGAAAGCCCCCUUUUUGCUUAAGCCCAAAGACACACACACAACCCCAACCACCCCGCCUGCCCCAUGAAGAGAGCAGGUUCACCCAUAGAGCCAUAGACCUCAAAUCACAGCAAAGCGAAAGCGAGCAAAAUACGAAAGAAUGAACUUGCUGCCUGUAAAAAGCCUGCACGGAUUUCCAAGUAAAGUAUAAACCAUGAGGAAAACUAAGUAAAACAAAUGAAACGAAACGAAUCGAAACGAAUCGAAUCGAGACGAGUUGAUUCGAGUCGACGAUUAUGCAUAAGGAAAAGGUAUGAUUAUUAUAACACUAUUAUUAUUAAUUAUCAACUAAAAGGAAAAGCAAAAACGAAGCGAAAACGAAAACGAAAAAAAGAACCGUGGAACGAAGGCAGAAUCCAAGCGGCAGAAUCCUAAGCGCUUAAUUAGAAUUCAACCAAAAAGAUAAAAACUUAAAAAGAAGACUUUUUUCAUUAUUUUGAAUUUGUUUCGCGAGAGCAAAAACGAAUAACAAAAACAGAAAGAAAAGAAAAGAUAAGAAAAAGCAAAAGCAGAAUCAGAAUCAGGCCUACCUAUUUUUAGUACAUAUUAAAUAAAUAUAUUAUAAAUAUAUCUAACUAUAUAAAUAUAUUUCGUGUAAAUUAUUUAAUUAUAUGUGUAUUAAAGAUUAAAUGAUGUUAAAUUAACAGCAAGAAAAUAAAUCAAAACGAUGCGGAUAGGCGAAAUGAAAAUUAAAA